UGUAAAAGUGGGACACACGCCGGAAAACAAGGCAGGAUGGAAGUGAAGGAUACGAACACGGUAAUGCUGAGCAAUUAUGAGGUGUUUCAGCUGCUGACAGACCUGAAAGAGCAGAGGAAGGAAAGGACGAGGAAUAAGCACAGCGCUGGGCAGCAGAAUCUGAACACCAUCAUGUAUGAGACUCUGAAGUAUCUGUCAAAGACGCCAUGUAAACUCCAAUCCCCAGAGAUAGUGAGAGACUUUCUCACUGAGAUGAUUCCUCACAAGCUGACAAAGGCUGAAAAACUUCAACUACUGAACCACAGGCCCCAGACUGCUGUCGAGAUCCAGCUGAUGGUGGAGGAGAGCGAGGAGAGGCUGACAGAGGAGCAGAUUGAAGAGCUCCUGCAGAAAGUGAUGGAGAAGCUCCCGGGAGACCCAGAGGAGGAGAAGGCAGCCCAGGAGCAGGAGGGUGCGGAGGGGAUGGAAGAGGAGGAGGAGGAAGGGGGGCAGUAGGCUCCUGCAGUGAGUAGACAGCCGUCCUGGGAGCAGAGAAGCCUGGGUCUGUGGGAUCAGACUCACUGGGGGCAACAAGGAUUUUGUGGGUGAAGCUGUGCACUUCUUGGGCAGGAUUGUACCCUGUAUUUUAUAACCCUGUGUCCUUGUAACACAAAACAAGUGACAUCCUUGCAGAUCGCUGUCUGAUCACCUGACUGAACACGUGAUUUCCAUUAGGAAUGUUCCCGGGACUUUGCUGUAAGGGACAUUCAGCUGAAAGCAGUGAUAUGACAGAGCAAUCCUGUUUCCAGAGUGGGGAGUAAACUGAUUCCAGCACUCGAAAUGAACAGCUCGGAACACUUCUCUCUGCUUUCUCGCUUGGGGUUGUAACUGUUUAGUUUUGAACCUUUUUUCCUUUUGCAAAGAAUGAUGCACGCUUAGUAAAUCCAGUUGAAACGUAUUGACGAAUGCCAACACAGUGUUCUGUUAGCUGCUUGUUCAAUGUAUUUUUCUGAUUUAUAAAUGCAGCCUGUCA